AAAUCCGACGACGAUUGGCGCGCGCAGCUCGGCCCCGAGGGCUACGAGAUCUUGCGUCGCGGCGGCACGGAGGCGCCGAACUCGAGCCCGCUCGCGCGCGAGACGGCGCUCGGCGCCUACGCCUGCGCGGCCUGCGGCACCGCGCUCUUCUCGUCCGCGGCCAAGUUCGAGAGCCGGACGGGCUGGCCCUGCUUCGGCGAGCCCGCGCCGGGCGCCGUCGAGGCCGACGGCGGCGGCUUCCUCGCGGGUGUGACGGGCGUCGCGUUCCGCUGCGCGACGUGCGGCGGCCGCGUCGGCGAGCGCUUCGGCGACGGCGCCGCGUACCCGGGCACGCGCGCCGCGCGGACGGGCCUCCGGUGGUGCGCCAACGGCGCGGCGCUCGUCUUCGUGCCGGCG